AUGUCUUCUUGGCGGCCCUUGCUGGAUAGUUGUCUGGAUGAGCUGCUUCGAGCAGAGGGUCGGGGAUCUGAACGGGACAAAUCAUGCCCUCGGUGCCAAAAACCUGACACCACUGCCUGUGUUCGGUGUAUGGAUUGUUUUGGUGGGGAGAUUCUAUGUGCAGAUUGCAUAGUUGUGGAGCAUCGCACAAGCCCGUUCCAUUGUAUAGAGAGAUGGACGGGAUAUAGCUUCCAGCGCUCUUCUCUAGGAUCUCUGGGGCUCACCGUUCAGGUCGGUCCUCAUCCUCCUGGCAGGACUUGUACGAGCGGAUCAAGGGUCGAGAAAUUCACCAUCAUUCACACAAACGGCAUCCACACCUUUCCCCUUCACUUCUGCUCAUGUGGACCCUCUCCACCCGAUCGCUACAUCCAACUUCUACGCACCGGUAUCUACCCCGCCACACCACUUGAGCCCGCAAGUGGCGCCACAUUCUCUGUACUACGCUUAUUCCACCGCCUUUCUCUCCAUGGAAAACUCACUGGAUAUGACUUUAUGCGAACAUUGGAGCUACUGACGGAUAACACCGGUCUUCGCCCUCCUCCGGCUCGAACCCAGGCAUUCAUGCUCAUCAUUCGACUAUGGCGAGCACUUCUCAUGAUGAAGCGUGGCGGGAGAGGCCACGAUCCGAAGGGAAUUGGCGGCACCGCCCAGGGCGAGCUUGCUGUUAAAUGUCCCACUUGCCCAAGGCCUCUUGUCAACCUUCCCGAAGGAUUCCGAUCUGUCGCGCCCUCUGAUCGGUGGUUAUAUCGGCUCCAUCUCGCAAUGGAUGCUAACUUUCGGCUGAAAAAUCGGUUACGUUCAAGCAUUCGGAAAGAUCCGGGGCUAUUGACUGGGUUGGCAUACUUCGUGGAUGAUGAGAUGUAUAGUAAGCACAUCCUGAAGUACUGUUUUCCUGUCCUGAUAUGUACAUGCGCCGGAUUUGAGGCGUUAGCGAAGGCAAAUACUCGCAACUCAAAAGGACUCCGGUCCACGGGUGUUGGGGCAUGUAUAUGCUCACGGCAUUCGUUCUGGCGUGGGCAAAGUUUGGGUGAUCUGCAAAAGGGAGAGCGAUAUUGCAACAUGGACUUUAUAUAUUGCAGCGGUGCCGCCGAGGAGGAAGUCGAGGAGAUACAACUCACCUACGAUGUCGCUUGCCAAUGGAAGAAGAAACUAUGGGACGUAUGUAUGCCGAAGAUGCCUGAGUCGAUCCGUAUUCCCCGCGAGAAGAUCCGUGUAUCAUACGGUGUACCCAAGUUCCAUCUUGUCGUCCAUGAGAAACCAUGUCAUGCACCACACAGUCUCGCCUUUACGCAAGGAAAUGGAGAGACGGAUGGCGAGGGCAUUGAGAGAAAUUGGGGGGAAACAAACGGGGCUGCUGCGAGCACGAAGGAGAUGGGGCCUGGAUCACGGCAUGACACGCUGGACGAUCACUGUGGCCAUUCAAAUUGGACAAAGACUGUUGGCCUGAAUUCUCUACUUCGACGCCGUCUAGAGUUUGCCUUGGAUGAGGCUCCCGAGCAUAUCGAUAUGUACCAGGAGUUUACCGCGAGUAUCAAAGCACAGGCGAAGGGUCAAACUGAACAGUGGAGAAAGCUGGUCAUGGCAUGGGAAGUCGGGGACAAGGCAGGGAAGAGUCCCUAUGAUACCGAAGGCGAAGGUAUGCUUUAUCCUGUUCCAGUCCCAUUACACUCUCUAAUGCCCAUUUGUGGUGGUUUAGAAGUGACGAUGGCUACAGUAACCCGGCGUUUCGAGGAGGAAGAGCGAAAGGUGGCACUAUCCGCACCAAAAGCCAAGACCGACAAUCAGAAGUCUGCACUCCUAGAGUCCCGAAAUGCGCUCCUUCGACAAAUACAACUCUUUCGCCAGAAUCAAGAAGUUCAGAUGCCUCGAGUCUCCCCCAUCAUUUCCCCCGCCAAUAACCCUUCCUCCUCGGACCAUCAGACCCUCCCUCCUGAGAAAAUCGAACUCUACCUUCCGUCCAGCAUUCCCCGAAUAGACCGCAAUGAAUAUUGUGACACAGCCCUGGCCGAAAUGGAGGCAGCUUUGCGUUACGCCGCCGCGCUAGACUCUCUGUCGGAGCUUCGUCGACAACUUCAAAUCCGAACCUACCUCUACCGCUUCAAAAACCACAACAUUACCGGCCAGAACCCCAGUACCCGCGCCCAGAAGAUGCUUGACACUGUGCAGGCAAGGGUCGAUUCAGCUGCAACAGAAUAUCGAGCGGCACGUAAGACAUAUCUGUCUUUGAAGGGACCCGGAGAUUGGGAGGUAUGGUUGAGGGUCUUGGUGGACGAAGAUAUAGUUGGCUUGGGUGAAAGGAUGCUGACGAUGAUUGAGAGGGAGGAGGAGGAGGCGUUGCGCCGUCGUAUUCGUGGUGCAGGGCGGAAUGCAGAUGCCCCCAUCACCUCCGGCGAGAGUAGACGCCACAUGUCAUGGUUGUGGUAUACACGAGGGCUAGUCCCUGGCGAGGAUGCAAUGCUGAUUUCCCGUCGUUCUGCAGGCAUUCGUGUAGAAUGGUUAAAGGCGAGAGCUAGGGCGCAACGAUGGGAGGAGGAGAUACGCUUACUCCGAGAGGAGAUGAGACGGGUACUGGAAUCGUUCUCUUGGGAGGCACUGAGGUGGUCGAACCAUACUGAACGGUUGGAAAGUGACGAGCAUGGUGAUGCUCUUAUUUCUGAGGAACUAAGGGAGGGUUUGAUGGCGUAUUCUGCGGAGCAUGCAGAUAUGUAUAGAUGUCUCCAGGCGGCAUUUGAGGCUGCAUGGGCAGCUGUACGAACAGAGGCUGAUGUGUUUCUUAGCCGAGCCUCUGUUCUGGAUGAGGAACCAUAA